AUGCUCAGGGCCGACGACAUCGACUUGCACACAGGAAAAGCGAAGCCUGUGGGGACACGACUUGUUACAUAUACCUACGGCGAGAAGAUGCGGGCGGCUAUUGGCCACCAGUAUGCCCGGGAGUACAAGCUUUGCACCCUAGAUCAGCCGUGGGCCGAGAGCAAGACACAUCCGGGCACCUGGACAGGUAACCCAUGCAACUCUCCCACUGUCUCUCAGUAUAUGUCGAGCCUCAAACGGCGCAAGGUCCGGAGUGGGGCAUCAGAGUCCACCAGUGCGAAAGCUAUGGACGAGAAAACCAUGCAGAAACUACACGACAUCAACACCAACUACCCGGUCGAGCUGACGCUCAUCACCGUGCCCCGAAAGAGAAAGUCUGACGAGAUCGACGUGCGCGAGCCAUGGGCUGGGUACAGAAUUCGGACCAUGCUGCAGUGUCUCUACAUCAUCUCCAUGCUCUGUCUACUGCGCUAUGACGAGGCCCUCCACAUCAGAUUUGACCAUAUCGAGCUGACUAAGAACGAGGAUGGCGAGCUGGUGCUCAUCCUCAACCUGCCCUUCCGCAAGACCCAUCAGACUGGAGGUAUCUUGCCUUUUGUCCUCUAUCGCAACGUUGAGAAGCCAUGGAUGUGUCCCGUGACAGCCUAUGCCCGGUGGCACUCCAUUUUCUAUGACCUAAACUACGAGACCAGAGGGUUCAUCUUCAGGUCACGUGUGGGCACUUACAAUGAGUUCUCCGACCAACCCACCCACGGCCUCAGCCCACAGUCGUUCCUCUCAGCCUUCCGCCAGAACAUGGAGGAGAUCGACAUCAACCCCAUGCCGUACGGCACACACUCCUUCCGCCGAGGAGGCUGCCAGUACCUCGCACUAGUGCGGCGGUGGAACAUCCGGGAUGUCUGCGUCUGGGGCGGGUGGAGCGACUACAAAAACAACCCAUCAACCCUCUUCCGCUACCUCUCCUCCCGUAUGGACAACACUGUGCAGCGCCAUGACUUCUUCAACCCGAACCGCAUGGGGACAGACCCGUGCCCCCGCUGCCGCCGCACCUGCCACUGCGCUUGA